GAAUGAAGUUGAAAGCCGAUUCAGCCGUAACGUAACAGAGUAUAAAACUCUUUUCUUAGAAUAUUUAGCUGUGUAUUAAAUUUUCAAUGAAUUUUUAAUUAUAUUUCCUUUAAAUUAAUGAAAUAGUUCGUGCAAUUUUUCUCUGUUUUCGUUCCGAAUGUUCAGUAAGGAUUUCGAACUUUUGAAACUGUAUCGGCUUUUGCGAGCAAUUUCAAGUGACUACUUCAGUGAAAAUUUAUUUUACUGAAAACUGCUGAAAACUUCGUGUACGAGUAGUGGACGUUUCAAAUUUGAUCAUUGUCAUUGUAUUUACAGUGUCAUCAUGUUAUUAGUAAGGAUACGUGUCGGAGCGUUCGUUACAAUUUAGUUGAAUAUGUAUUGUAUUCAAUUUCGUCUACCAUUAUAUUUACGCCUAAUAUUAUUUAUCACUUGUCCAUUGCACCAUGGCUUUACGUCGAGGAAAGAGAAACUUGAAGUUGCAGGUCUCUGAAGAAGCACCUCUACCUGUCACCCCGCCAAGGAAUUUGGACAAGAGGACUACAAUAACUAUAGGUGAUAAAACGUUUGUGGUAGAGGCAGAUGAUUUAGAAACGAUCUGUAUUCUUGGACGUGGUGCCUAUGGUAUCGUGGAUAAAGUGCGGCAUAAGCAAAGUGGUACUAUAAUGGCAGUUAAGAGAAUAGCUGUGACAGUUAAUACACAGGAACAAAAGCGUCUACUCAUGGAUUUGGACAUUUCUAUGCGCAGCUCGGCGUGCUUAUACACGGUCCAAUUUUAUGGAGCGUUGUUCAGGGAAGGGGAUGUAUGGAUAUGCAUGGAAGUGAUGGACAUGAGCCUGGAUAAAUUUUACACGAAAGUGUACCAACAUGGCCGUUCCAUUCCUGAAGAUAUUUUAGGGAAAAUUGCUUUCGCAGUAGUAAGUGCAUUGCAUUACCUAUAUUCGCAACUGCGAGUGAUCCACAGGGAUGUAAAACCUAGUAAUAUUUUAAUCAACCGCAAAGGGGAAGUCAAGAUCUGUGACUUUGGUAUUUCCGGUUACCUCGUAGAUUCUGUUGCCAAAACUAUCGAUGCUGGCUGCAAACCGUACAUGGCUCCAGAAAGGAUAGAUCCGUCGGGUAACCCUUCACAGUACGACAUCCGAUCUGAUGUUUGGUCAUUAGGUAUAUCUCUCGUUGAACUAGCAACGGGGAAAUUUCCGUACGAGUCGUGGGGUACGCCAUUUGAACAACUGAAACAAGUUGUUAAAGACGAAGCACCAAAAUUACCUGCUGGCAAGUUCUCAGCCAGUUUCGAAGAAUUCAUCAAUAAGUGUUUGAUGAAAAAUUAUACUGCCCGUCCAAAUUACAAUCAAUUAUUGGAGCUUGAUUUCAUCACAGAGCAUGCCAAAAAGGAAACGAACGUCGCCGAAUUCGUUGGAGAAAUUUUAGACUUACCUGAAAUCGAACAAGGAGCAUAGUAUACAGAAAUAUUUUUGACACGGUGUCUCACAUGACCUAUAAUAAUCGAACUUCGCGUUAUACAUGUGUCGAAGUUAAUUUAAUCAUUUUCUCUAUAUCUACCUUCAUCGUUCAUAUUAUUCACUCACAUACGAUAUUGCGACGCAAAUUAAUGUUUAGUCGAGAACGGAAUAUGCGUCAAUUUUGUUUCAGAAAUCGUCUCGCCAAAUAUUCAUUAUUUGUUUAGCACGUAAUCUAUGUAUCAUUUUCCUUGAAUUGGUAGAUUUCCCCUAACGCUAGAACAAAGACGCAUUCAACUGGAACUGAAAACGUUUACAAUGUCUUUGGUAUGUAAAUAAUAAAGAAAAAAAUAAAGAAAAGGAUUAAACUCCAGUUACCACGAUCUACGGUAAAUUACAUUUGAGCCGUUCAUUAUGAAAGUCGAGUAACUCCAUUUUUCAUUUUCCUCGUAUUAACGUAGCUAAGAAAAGUAGUGCUCGGAAACAGUAACAACUUAGCCGCAAAUUAGCUACACAAUGUUAAAAAUAUAUAAUUUAGAUUUUCUUUUU